AUGGUCUGUCCCGGUACAUUGAGAAAAGGGGCUGAUCAUGAGACUACAGCUGAUCCGGUCAUUCGAUUCUUCUACAAUCGAUCGAAACGAAUUUUCACGGUCUUUGUUGCUCCCGAGAGAGACACAGGCGACAAAAAGAACAACUUUGCCACUUCAAUUGCGCAAGCCUCGGACUUCGCUGAUAUCUGCGCCCUGUUUGGCUACGAAGCGGAGGAACACAUCGUCCAAACCAAUGAUGGAUAUCUAUUGGGCCUCCAUCGCUUAGCGUAUCGGAGAGGAGAAGAAGGAACCAGGGUAAAUCAGGGCGAAGGGAGUACUCGCAAGAAGGUCGCUUAUCUGCACCAUGGACUCCUCAUGUGCAGCGAGGUUUGGGUCUGCCUAACGGACGAGCAACGAUGCCUACCAUUCCAACUGGUUGAAAGAGGAUACGAUGUGUGGCUGGGAAAUAACCGAGGGAACAAGUAUUCGAAAAAGUCGGUCAAGCACUCGCCAUUAGCGAAUGAGUUUUGGGAUUUCUCGAUUGAUCAGUUCGCCUUCUAUGAUGUUCCCGACAGUAUCGAAUAUAUUCUCAAUGUGACAGAACAGCCUUCGCUGUCGUAUAUUGGAUUUUCGCAAGGAACUGCACAAGCAUUUGCUGCUCUUUCUAUUCACCCGACGCUGAACCAAAAAUGCGACGUCUUCGUGGCGCUGGCGCCCGCAAUGGCACCCUCGGGUCUGUCGAAUCGCAUCGUGGACUCUUUGAUGAAAGCGUCUCCAAUCUUCCUGUUCCUCCUCUUCGGUAGACGCAGCGUUCUUAGCUCCACGACAAUGUGGCAAAGUAUUCUCUAUCCGCCGCUCUUCGUCUGGAUCAUGGAUUCCUCGCUAUCAGUGCUCUUCAACUGGAAAUGCAAGAACAUCCACUUAUAUCAGAAACUAGCUGCAUAUUUUCACCUUUUCUCCUUCACCAGCACAAAAUCAGUGGUCCACUGGUUCCAAAUUAUCCGGAACCGCAGCUUCCAAUUCUACGACGACGAACUUCAGUCUCCGCUGAGUCUUGUGGCUACGGCGCGCUUCUACAAGCCCGUUAAAUACCCCAUCAAGAACAUCAAGACUCCUAUAGUUUUGCUCUAUGGAGAUAGCGACAGCCUCGUUGAUAUUGAUUCAAUGCUUCAAGGACUGCCGCGGGGAACUAUUGCGAAACCGAUCCCCACAUACGAACAUCUUGACUUUUUGUGGGCCAGUGAUGUGGAUAAGCAGGUGUUCGGUGAUGUCUUUGAGGCACUCGAGCGCCAUAGUAUUCGCAGUGGCGCAUCAUCUAACGGACCUAUUGAAGUGAAGGUCCGUAGUCAUGCCGAUCCUGAUAUCAACGGUCAUUCUGACAAGGGUAUUAAGACCACCCGGUAA